AUGAUGGAAAGCUUGAACGGAGCCAAAUUGACCAUUAGACAGUUUAGACAUCUGAAAUCAAAGCCACUGAGAGCACUUCCAUGUCGGCCCAUUUGGAAAACGGCUGCUUUAUCUUUCCACCGGUCUGGCACCGUCGAAGAGCAAGCACUAUCGAAAACCGACAAAUUCGAGAAGCAAGAUUUGGAACAGUUCUGUAUGGAUGAACUUGAGAAGAAACACCGCGACAAAUCCUAUCGACACUUCAACAAUAUCAAUCGUUUGGCUGGUCAAUUUCCUCGGGCUCAUCUAUCCAACAAAGAUGACCAGGUUACUGUUUGGUGUUCAAAUGACUAUUUGGGCAUGAGUAGAAAUCCUAGUGUCCUUUCUGCCAUGCGCGAAGCGUUGGAAAUGUAUGGGGCAGGGGCUGGGGGUACACGGAAUAUAUCCGGCCACAAUCAGCAUGCCAUUUUGCUGGAAAAAUCUCUUGCCAACUUGCACAAUAAGCCGAGCGCGCUGGUUUUCUCUUCCUGCUAUGUGGCAAACGAUGCAACACUUGCUACACUUGGGAGCAAGCUGCCUAACUGUGUGAUCUUUAGCGAUAGUAUGAAUCAUGCUUCCAUGAUUCAGGGAAUUCGAAACUCACGAGCCCAGAAAAUUAUUUUCAAGCACAAUGAUCUAAAAGAUUUGGAGUCCAAACUCGCUUCUGUUGCACCUCAACGACCCAAACUCAUCGCGUUUGAAUCUGUCUACAGCAUGUCCGGGUCUAUUGCACCGAUUGAGGGUAUUUGUACUUUGGCAGAAAAAUACGGUGCGAUCACAUUUUUGGAUGAAGUUCAUGCGGUUGGGAUGUACGGACCAUCGGGGGCUGGCGUCGCAGAACAUCUCAACUUCGAGUUCCAUCACGCCCGUCAACAGUCCCGGGUACCCAUGAAAUCUCGAACAGAUGUGAUGUUUCGAGUCGAUAUCAUUAGUGGCACCCUUGGAAAGGCAUUUGGAGUGGCGGGAGGCUACAUUGCCGCGUCCAGCAGUGUAGUAGAUUUCAUUCGGAGUCUUGCGCCGGGCUUCAUUUUUACUACCUCUCUCCCUCCCUCCGUGAUGGCGGGCGCUCAUGCAGCGAUUGAGUAUCAGCAAACGUGUGCCGCUGAUCGUGUCCUCCAGCAAAUACAUACACGCGCACUGAAGGCUGAGCUUGUCGCUCAGGGAUUCCCAGUCAUUCCAAAUCCCUCUCAUAUCAUACCUCUCUUUGUUGGUGAUGCGGAGAAAUCGAAAGCAGCUUCAGAUCUCCUGCUACGGAAGCACGACAUCUAUGUUCAAUCUAUCAACUAUCCCACGGUCGCGCGUGGGAUGGAGAGACUACGGAUCACACCUACCCCCGGACACACCAGGGACCUACAAAAGGAGUUGGUCAGGGCACUAGACGCUGUUUGGAUCGAGCUGAAGCUCCCCCGCCUCAAUGACCUUUCUGGGGAAAAGCUCUUUUUCAAGGGCGACGAGCCUAUCUGGACGGAUGAACAAUUGAAGCUCUGUCAAGAAACAUUAGAAUGA